AGCCCACACACUGAGCUUAAAUUCCAAACAAUUCCUCCUUUACUUUGUUUUCAACCUUCUUCCUACCUUUUCCCUCCUCUUUUGCUCCUUCUCUUGCUUGCACCCUUAUGUAUCAUCCUUUGUUGUCAAAUCCUCUCCUUCUUUGUCUCUCAGAGUGCACUUAGUGACUUAGUCUAUAAAUAUAUAUGUUUUUUAUUCCCAUGAUUAGCCCACAGAACACCUUUUCUUCCCAUAGAUCACGCAGUCAGUCACAAUCUCUAGUUUAUGAUAUCUUCAUUUCUAUCUCGUUGCUUCCAAGGAAGAACUAGCAUAAUUUGGGAACCACAUUGAAGAAGAAGCAACAAAGCAGACAGAACAAUAAAGCUGAAGAUGGAUAGGAGUCUUAAUAACUAUGUGCUUAUACUUGUACUUGUUCAGCUUCUCUGUUCUGGUUCAUGUGGGACAGAGAAGGUAGCAUCUGAACAUGUGAAUGUAGUAAGGCAUGAAGAGAAACAAGUAGAAUUCACUGCUCCAAACUCCACCUCUCAAAAGGAUAUUACCACUCCAAUCACUACAAUUCCCAACUUAGUUCCCACCACAUCAACAAAUCCAGUUUUGAAUCCCAAUUCUAACCCAGACACAGUCUCUCCAGCCUCAACACUCCCAGGUACUACUUCAAAUUUCUCAGUGCCUUCUUCUUCAGGAGUAAGCUGGUGCAUUGCAACCCCAAGUGCCUCACAGAUAGCUUUGCAAGUAGCAUUGGAUUAUGCUUGUGGUCGCGCUGAUUGUUCUGAAAUUCAACCUAGUGGAAGCUGUUACAACCCGAAUUCUGUCCGUGACCAUGCUUCUUAUGCCUUCAAUAAGUAUUAUCAGAAGAAUCCAGUUCCAAAUAGCUGCAAUUUUGGUGGAACUGCUGUCAUCACUAGCACUAACCCAAGUACUGGGACAUGUCAAUAUCCAUCCACUAGUACUAGUUCAUCACUCUUGAACACAACAAUCUCUAGUGGUGCAAAUGUUUUUGGUUCAGUACCUGUACCAACGAAUCCCUCUGCCUCUGCUGCAGCAGUUUCCACAUCAAAUAGCUUUGUACAAAUUUGCCUCAUUCUAUGGGCAAUAACAAUUUUCAGAAUGAAUUAUAUCUAACUUGAAUGAGAAUUAAGAUUUUGCUUCUCUAGCCACAUCUAACUGUGUAACAAGGAAGGUACAUAGAGACAUGAUAGAACAAUCUGUAGAAAAUUAUAUUAUGAGUAUUAGUAGAGAUUUAUACCAUACUUUAUUUAUCCUAA